AAAACACAAAGAAGGAGUAACAAAGUGAAGAUUUGAUUGAAGUUACAAAAAUACUUAAAAAUGUUUAUUAAAAAGUGAUGUUUUUAAAAUAAUUUGUUUUGAACUUAACGGUUUUUAAUUGGAAAAUAUAUGUGCAGUAUAUUAAAGAUUGACUUUUGUAAUAAAACAAAACUAUGGAUUUCCAGAGAUAAAGAGCACCGUUACAUGUUGCUCCAUGAAUAUUUGCUGCUGUUGUUGGUGUGUAAAUAAGUGCAACAACAAUAAGGUAAAAACAAAUUUUCUUAGAACUUUUAAAUGUACCGUUGCAAAAUGUAAACGUCAAGAGGAAAAAAUAACAAAAAAGAUCGUUGUUUUUUUGUUGUUGUGCGAAAUGGAGGAAAAUUAAAAAAAAACUUAAACUUGAAAAUAGUGGGUGCGUCAUUUUAAUCAUCUCCCGUCACUGUCAUCAUUAUGAUCUUGAACUAUGUGUUGUGUUUUUUGUUCGUUUGGCUGUAGCUGAUGAACUCACUCUAUCGCCUCCUCUCCCUCUUUUUGUCUAAUUGGAUUGGCUUUUGGGUCUUCGUAAUAUGAAGUGUAUCUUCUUCAUGGAGUAAUUUUCUCUAUACUCAUGCUAACGGGUUCUUAUUUUCUUCUCUAUUCGUCCACAAAAAGUUCUCUUUAAUAUUGCCACCUUUUCUUGUUGUUAUUGCUGUUGUUUGUAGCCUUCAACCUGGCCUAUAUAAACGAUUUUCAACCUAAACGUGGCCGCCCGCGCGCUUUACCUCAAAUGGGUGAAUUCGAUUUAAGUUUAAUUAGCGAAUUUCGCAAUCGUCCCUCGUUUUACGAUCGUAAUUCACCACGUUUUAAGGAUAAACUUUAUAAUGCUCAUGAGUGGCAGGAAAUCUCGAAUAAAUUGGGUUUUGAUGUUUCCAUUUUAAAAGAUCGUAUUUUACAAUUACGAAAUCGUUAUAAUUUGGAAAAACGACGUCUAGAACAGUUACGUGAAGAAAAUCCCUUUAAAUCUUAUGAAUCACCUUGGCCUCUUUAUGAGCAUUUACAUUUUCUUUCGGAUCAUAUAAGAGCAAGAAGAUCAUAUAAGAAAAUGAUGCCUUUAAAUGGUAGUGGUCAAUUUGGAGCUGGUCCCGAUUUAAGUAAUUCCUCUAAUGGCACAUUACAUCAGGCGGCGGGUUCGGGAACAGUGGCAGCGGCGGGAGGAGCUUUUCCAAAUGGUUUGCUAACCGUUAAAAUGGAAGAUGGUUCAGAGGAAACGGAUGCUGAAACGGAAAGUCAAAAUAAUGAUUCCGAGAUAAAUGCAUUUGAAACAUCGGGUUUAAUUACGGACACACAUUCCUCAACACUACAGCAGCAACAACUGCAACAUUCUCAACUUAGACUACUGCAGCAGCAACAGCAACAACAGACGCAACAGCAGCAGCAGCAACAACAUCAUCCCACCAUUAGUAUACGUCGUUUAGAUACAUUACGUUCAGAUUAUGCCGAUUCCUCAUCAUCGAUGUACCAUAAACAAAAACAACAACAACAACAUUUUCCACAACAACAACAACAACAACAACGUACUCAUCUAACAUCCCUCAAUCAAACCUCCGUACAAAAUGAUGAUGAUUCUGCUGUAUCCACAGCACCUUCACCUCCUAAACAAGCGCGUUUAAAUGCUCGUGAAUUAAAAUAUAAUGCCUUUGGUAAUUUUAUAUCAUCUUCACUGCAAGAUCUACCACCCAGUACAGCUUUAGAAUUGGUAGAAAAAUUUACCUCCGAUAUUGUUAAAGUAUUAAUGGCAAAUGCCGAACAAGAACAACACUGCAAUGAUUUUGAAUAAAAAAUCUAUCGAAACAAUUCUCAAUUUUAUUUCAAAAGAGGACAAUUUCAAAGGAGGAUUUCAAAAGAGGAGGAGAAGGUAUAAAGAAAUAAAGAGAAAGUAUAACUUGAAACUUAAACUUUGACCCUAUUUAAUGUAUAUUACAUUCUAUUAGUAUAUAUUCUAUGUAAUUUUAACUAUUUAGUUGUAUUUAUUGAUUAAAACAAACUUGAAAGCAUUAUAUACUUACAUACAUAUAUAUAUAUAUAACAAAUUAUAUAAACGUAUUUAUGUAAAACUUUAAAAAUGUUCUUUGUAUUUUUUAUAUAUAAAUUUGUGUCCAGAAAACCCAUGUCUUUUAAAUGUGAAUUUUUUAAUUUUUCUUUUGUUUUUUUUGGCUUUUUAUAAGAAAAAAGCUUUAAAAGCUUUUUAGUAAUAGAUUUUUGUUAAAUAAA